AUGUGCCAGUGGUUCCAUGGAGUGAGGUGGCACCUGAAAAGGAGGAGAGGGCUUGCGGCUGCAAGGGAGAAUGUGCGGCAGUGGCUCUUCCAUCACCCCGACCCAUUCUCCCGCUUUCCAUCACCCCGCCCCAUUCUCUUGCUUUCCCUCACCCCGCCCCAGUCUCCCGCUUUCCAUCACCCCGCCCCAUUCUCCCGCUUUCCAUCACCCCGCCCCAUUCUCCCGCUUUCCAUCACCCUGCCCCAUUCUCCCGCUUUCCAUCACCCAACCCAAUUCUCCCGCUUUCCAUCACCCCGCCCCAUUCUCCCGCUUUCCAUCACCCCGCCCCAUACUCCCUCCUUCCAUCACCCCGCCCCAUUCUCCCGCUUUCCAUCACCCCGCCCCAUUGUCCCGCUUUCCAUCACCCCGCCCUUUUCUCCCGCUUUCCAUCACCCCGCCCCAUUCUCCCGCUUUCCAUCACCCCGUACCAUUCUCCUGCCUCCCAUUCUCCCUCCUUCCAUCACCCUGCCCCAUUCUCCCUCCUUCCAUCACCCCACCCCAUUCUCCCGCUUUCCAUCACCCCGCCCCAUUUUCCCGCUUUCCAUCACCCCGCCCCAUUCUCCCUCUUUCCAUCACCCCGCCCCAUUCUCCCGCUUUCCAUCACCCCGCCCCAUUCUCCCUCCUUCCAUCACCCCGCCCCAUUCUCCCGCUUUCCAUCACCCCGCCCCAUUCUCCCUCCUGGCAUCACCUCGCCCCAUUCUCCCGCUUUCCAUAACCCCGCCCCAUCUCCCGCUUUCCAUCACCCCGCCCCAUUCUCCCGCUUUCCAUCACCCCGCCCCAUUCUCCCGCUUUCCAUCACCCCGCCCCAUUCUCCCGCUUUCCAUCACCCCGCCCCAUUCUCCCCCCUUCCAUCACCCCGCCCCAUUCUCCCGCUUUCCAUCACCCCGCCCCAUUCUCCCUCUUUCCAUCACCCCGCCCCAUUCUCCCGUUUUCCAUCACCCUGCCCCAUUCUCCCUCCUUCCAUCACCCCGCCCCAUUCUACCUCCUUCCAUCACCCCGCCCCAUUCUCCCGCUUUCCAUCACCCCGCCCCAUUCUCCCGCUUUCCAUCACCCCGCCCCAUUCUCGCGCUUUCCAUCACCCCACCCCCUUCUCCCGCUUUCCAUCACCCUGCCCCAUUCUCCCGCUUUCCAUCACCCCGCCCCAUUCUCCCGCUUUCCAUCACCCCGCCCCAUUCUCCCUCCUUCCAUCACCCCGCCCCAUUCUCCCGCUUUCCAUCACCCCGCCCCAUUCUCCUUCUUUCCAUCACCCCGCCCCAUUCUCCCGCUUUCCAUCACCCCGCCCCAUUCUCCCGCUUUCCAUCACCCUGCCCCAUUCUCCCGCUUUCCAUCACCCCGCCCCAUUCUCCCCCUUUCCAUCACCCCGCCCCAUUCUCCCGCUUUCCAUCACCCCGCCCCAUUCUCCCGCUUUCCAUCACCCCGCCCCAUUCUCCCGCUUUCCAUCACCCUGCCCCAUUCUCCCGCCUUCCAUCACCCCGCCCCAUUCUCCCGCUUUCCAUCACCCCGCCCCAUUCUCCCGCUUUCCAUCACCCCGCCCCAUUCUCCCUCCUUCCAUCACCCCGCCCCAUUCUCCCGCUUUCCAUCACCCCGCCCCAUUCUCCCUCCUUCCAUCACCCCGCCCCAUUCUCCCACUUUCCAUCACCCCGCCCCAUUCUCCCGCUUUCCAUCACCGCGCCCCAUUCUCCCUCUUUCCAUCACCCGGUCCCAUUCUCCCUCCUUCCAUCACCCCGCCCCGUUCUCCCGCCUUUCAUCACCCCGCCCCAUUCUCCCGCUUUCCAUGACCCCGCUCCAUUCUCCCUCCUUCCAUCACCCCGCCCCAUUCUCCCGCGUUCCAUCACCCCGCCCAAUUCUCCCGCUUUCCAUCACCCGGCCCCAUUCUCCCGCUUUCCAUCACCCCGCCCCAUUCUCCCUCUUUCCAUCACCCCGCCCCAUUCUCCCGCUUUCCAUCACCCCGCCCCAUUCUCCCUCCUUCCAUCACCCCGCCCCAUUCUCCCUCCUUCCAUCACCCCGCCCCAUUCUCCCUCCUUCCAUCACCCCGCCCCAUUCUCCCGCUUUCCAUCACCCCGCCCCAUUCUCCCGUUUUCCAUCACCCCGCCCCGUUCUCCCUCCUUCCAUCACCCCGCCCCAUUCUCCCGCUUUCCAUCACCCCGCCCCAUUCUCCCGUUUUCCAUCACCCCGCCCCCUUUCCAUCACCCCGCCCCAUUCUCCCGCUUUCCAUCACCCCGCCCCAAUCUCCCACUUUCCAUCACCCCGCCCCAUUCUCCCGCUUUCCAUCACACCGCCCCAUUCUCCCGCUUUCCAUCACCCCGCCUCAUUCUCCCUCCUUCCAUCACCCCGCCCCAUUCUCCCGCUUUCCAUCACCCCGCCCCAUUCUCCCGCCUUCCAUCACCCCGACCCAUUCUCCCGCUUUCCAUCACCCUGCCCCAUUCUCCCUCCUUCCAUCACCCCGCCCCAUUCUCCCGCUUUCCAUCACCCCGCCCCAUUCUCCCGCUUUCCAUCACCCCGGCCCAUUCUCCCGCUUUCCAUCACCCCGCCCCAUUCUCCCUCCUUCCAUCACCCGGUUCCAUUCUCCCUCCUUCCAUCACCCCGCCCCAUUCUCCCGCUUUCCGUCACCCCGCUCCAUUCUCCCGCUUUCCAUCACCCUGCCCCUUUCUCCCUCCUUCCAUCACCCCGCCCCAUUCUCCCUCCUUCCAUCACCCCGCCCCAUUCUCCCGCUUUCCGUCACCCCACCCCAUUCUCCCGCUUUCCAUCACCCCGCCCCAUUCUCCCGCUUUCCAUCACCCCGCCCCGUUCUCCCGCUUUCCAUCACCUCGCCCCGUUCUCCUACUUUCCAUCACCCCGCCCCAUUCUCCCGCUUUCCAUCACCCCGCCCUAUUCUCCCGCUUUCCAUCACCCCGCCCCAUUCUCCCGCUUUCCAUCACCCCGCCCCAUUCUCCCUCCUUCCAUCACCCCGCCCCAUUCUCCCGCUUUCCAUCACCCCGCCCCAUUCUCCUUCUUUCCAUCACCCCGCCCCAUUCUCCCGCUUUCCAUCACCCCGCCCCAUUCUCCCGCUUUCCAUCACCCCGCCCCAUUCUCCCGCUUUCCAUCACCCCGCCCCAUUCUCCCCCUUUCCAUCACCCCGCCCCAUUCUCCCGCUUUCCAUCACCCCGCCCCAUUCUCCCGCUUUCCAUCACCCCGCCCCAUUCUCCCGCUUUCCAUCACCCUGCCCCAUUCUCCCGCCUUCCAUCACCCCGCCCCAUUCUCCCGCUUUCCAUCACCCCGCCCCAUUCUCCCGCUUUCCAUCACCCCGCCCCAUUCUCCCUCCUUCCAUCACCCCGCCCCAUUCUCCCGCUUUCCAUCACCCCGCCCCAUUCUCCCUCCUUCCAUCACCCCGCCCCAUUCUCCCACUUUCCAUCACCCCGCCCCAUUCUCCCGCUUUCCAUCACCGCGCCCCAUUCUCCCUCUUUCCAUCACCCGGUCCCAUUCUCCCUCCUUCCAUCACCCCGCCCCGUUCUCCCGCCUUUCAUCACCCCGCCCCAUUCUCCCGCUUUCCAUGACCCCGCUCCAUUCUCCCUCCUUCCAUCACCCCGCCCCAUUCUCCCGCGUUCCAUCACCCCGCCCAAUUCUCCCGCUUUCCAUCACCCGGCCCCAUUCUCCCGCUUUCCAUCACCCCGCCCCAUUCUCCCUCUUUCCAUCACCCCGCCCCAUUCUCCCGCUUUCCAUCACCCCGCCCCAUUCUCCCUCCUUCCAUCACCCCGCCCCAUUCUCCCUCCUUCCAUCACCCCGCCCCAUUCUCCCUCCUUCCAUCACCCCGCCCCAUUCUCCCGCUUUCCAUCACCCCGCCCCAUUCUCCCGUUUUCCAUCACCCCGCCCCGUUCUCCCUCCUUCCAUCACCCCGCCCCAUUCUCCCGCUUUCCAUCACCCCGCCCCAUUCUCCCGUUUUCCAUCACCCCGCCCCGUUCUCCCGCUUUACAUCACCCCGCCCCAUUCUCCCGCUUUCAUCACCCCGCCCCAAUCUCCAGCUUUCCAUCACCCCGCCCCAUUCUCCCGCUUUCCAUCACCCCGCCCCAAUCUCCCACUUUCCAUCACCCCGCCCCAUUCUCCCGCUUUCCAUCACACCGCCCCAUUCUCCCGCUUUCCAUCACCCCGCCCCAUUCUCCCUCCUUCCAUCACCCCGCCCCAUUCUCCCGCUUUCCAUCACCCCGCCCCAUUCUCCUUCUUUCCAUCACCCCGCCCCAUUCUCCCGCUUUCCAUCACCCCGCCCCAUUCUCCCGCUUUCCAUCACCCUGCCCCAUUCUCCCGCUUUCCAUCACCCCGCCCCAUUCUCCCCCUUUCCAUCACCCCGCCCCAUUCUCCCGCUUUCCAUCACCCCGCCCCAUUCUCCCGCUUUCCAUCACCCCGCCCCAUUCUCCCGCUUUCCAUCACCCUGCCCCAUUCUCCCGCCUUCCAUCACCCCGCCCCAUUCUCCCGCUUUCCAUCACCCCGCCCCAUUCUCCCGCUUUCCAUCACCCCGCCCCAUUCUCCCGCCUUCCAUCACCCCGACCCAUUCUCCCGCUUUCCAUCACCCUGCCCCAUUCUCCCUCCUUCCAUCACCCCGCCCCAUUCUCCCGCUUUCCAUCACCCCGCCCCAUUCUCCCGCUUUCCAUCACCCCGGCCCAUUCUCCCGCUUUCCAUCACCCCGCCCCAUUCUCCCUCCUUCCAUCACCCGGUUCCAUUCUCCCUCCUUCCAUCACCCCGCCCCAUUCUCCCGCUUUCCGUCACCCCGCUCCAUUCUCCCGCUUUCCAUCACCCUGCCCCUUUCUCCCUCCUUCCAUCACCCCGCCCCAUUCUCCCUCCUUCCAUCACCCCGCCCCAUUCUCCCGCUUUCCGUCACCCCACCCCAUUCUCCCGCUUUCCAUCACCCCGCCCCAUUCUCCCGCUUUCCAUCACCCCGCCCCGUUCUCCCGCUUUCCAUCACCUCGCCCCGUUCUCCUGCUUUCCAUCACCCCGCCCCAUUCUCCCGCUUUCCAUCACCCCGCCCUAUUCUCCCGCUUUCCAUCACCCCGCCCCAUUCUCCCGCUUUCCAUCACCCCGCCCCAUUCUCCCGCUUUCCAUCACCCCGCCCCAUUCUCCCUCUUUCCAUCACCCCGCCCCAUUCUCCCGUUUUCCAUCACCCUGCCCCAUUCUCCCUCCUUCCAUCACCCUGCCCCAUUCUACCUCCUUCCAUCAUCCCGCCCCAUUCUCCUGCUUUCCAUCACCCCGCCCCAUUCUCCCGCUUUCCAUCACCCCGCCCCAUUCUCCCACUUUCCAUCACCCCGCCCCGUUCUCCUGCUUUCCAUCACCCCGCCCCAUUCUCCCGCUUUCCAUCACCCCGCCCCAUUCUCCCGCUUUCCAUCACCCCGCCCCAAUCUCCCGCUUUCCAUCACCCCGCCCCAUUCUCCCGCUUUCCAUCACCCCGCCCCAUUCUCCCGCUUUCCAUCACCCCGCCCCAUUCUCCCGCUUUCCAUCACCCCGCCCCAUUCUCCCUCCUUCCAUCACCCCGCCCCAUUCUCCCUCCUUCCAUCACCCCGCCUCAUUCUCCCUCCUUCCAUCACCCCGCCCCAUUCUCCCUCUUUCCAUCACCCCGCCCCAUUCUCCCGUUUUCCAUCACCCUGCCUCAUUCUCCCUCCUUCCAUCACCCUGCCCCAUUCUACCUCCUUCCAUCACCCCGCCCCAUUCUCCCGCUUUCCAUCACCCCGCCCCAUUCUCCCACUUUCCAUCACCCCGCCCCAUUCUCCCGCUUUCCAUCACCCCGCCCCAUUCUCCCGCUUUCCAUCACCCCGCCCCAUUCUCCCGCUUUCCAUCACCCCGCCCCAUUCUCCCGCCUUCCAUCACCCCGCCCCGUUCUCCCCCUUUCCAUCACCCCGCCCCAUUCUCCCGCUUUCCAUCACCCCGCCCCAUUCUCCCUCCUUCCAUCACCCCGCCCCAUUCUCCCGCUUUCCAUCACCCCGCCCCAUUCUCCCGCGUUCCAUCACCCCGCCCCAUUCUCCCGCCUUCCAUCACCCCGCCCCAAUCUCCCGCUUUCCAUCACCCCGCCCCAUUCUCCCGCUUUCCAUCACCCCGCCCCAUUCUCCCUCCUUCCAUCACCCCGCCCCAUUCUCCCGCUUUCCAUCACCCCGCCCCAUUCUCCCGCUUUCCAUCACCCCGCCCCAUUCUCCCGCUUUCCAUCACCCCGCCCCAUUCUCCCGCUUUCCAUCACCCCGCCCCAUUCUCCCCCUUUCCAUCACCCCGCCCCAUUCUCCCGCUUUCCAUCACCCCGCCCCAUUCUCCCGCUUUCCAUCACCCCGCCCCAUUCUCCCGCUUUCCAUCACCCCGCCCCAUUCUCCCGCCUUCCAUCACCCCGCCCCAUUCUCCCGCUUUCCAUCACCCCGCCCCAUUCUCCCGCUUUCCAUCACCCCGCCCCAUUCUCCCUCCUUCCAUCACCCCGCCCCAUUCUCCCUCCUUCCAUCACCCCGCCCCAUUCUCCCGCUUUCCAUCACCCCGCCCUAUUCUCCCUCCUUCCAUCACCCCGCCCCAUUCUCCCGCUUUCCAUCACCCCGCCCCAUUCUCCCGCUUUCCAUCACCCCGCCCCAUUCUCCCGCUUUCCAUCACCCCGCCCCAUUCUCCCGCUUUCCAUCACCCCGCCCCAUUCUCCCGCUUUCCAUCACCCCGCCCCAUUCUCCCGCUUUCCAUCACCCCGCCCCGUUCUCCCGCUUUCCAUCACCCCGCCCCGUUCUCCCGCUUUCCAUCACCCCGCCCCGUUCUCCCGCUUUCCAUCACCCCGCCCCUUUCUCCCUCUUUCCAUCACCCCGCCCCAUUCUCCCGCUUUCCAUCACCCACCCCAUUCUCCCGCUUUCCAUCACCCCGCCCCAUUCUCCCUUCUUCCAUCACCCCGCCCCAUUCUCCCUUCUUCCAUCACCCCGCCCCAUUCUCCCUCCUUCCAUCACCCCGCCCCAUUGUCCCGCUUUCCAUCACCCCGCCCCAUUGUCCCGCUUUCCAUCACCCCGCCCCAUUCUCCCGCUUUCCAUCACCCCGCCCCAUUCUCCCGCUUUCCAUCACCCCGCCCCAUUCUCCCUCUUUCUAUCACCCCGCCCCAUUCUCCCGCUUUCCAUCACCCCGCCCCAUUCUCCCUCCUUCCAUCACCCGGUCCCAUUCUCCCUCCUUCCAUCACCCCGCCCCGUUCUCCCGCCUUUCAUCACCCCGCCCCAUCCUCCCGCUUUCCAUCACCCCGCUCCAUUCUCCCUCCUUCCAUCACCCCGCCCCAUUCUCCCGCGUUCCAUCACCCCGCCCAAUUCUCCCGCUUUCCAUCACCCGGCCCCAUUCUCCCGCUUUCCAUCACCCCGCCCCAUUCUCCCUCUUUCCAUCACCCCGCCCCAUUCUCCCGCUUUCCAUCACCCCGCCCCAUUCUCCCUCCUUCCAUCACCCCGCCCCAUUCUCCCUCCUUCCAUCACCCCGCCCCAUUCUCCCUCCUUCCAUCACCCCGCCCUAUUCUCCCGCUUUCCAUCACCCCGCCCCAUUCUCCCGUUUUCCAUCACCCCGCCCCAUUCUCCCGCUUUCCAUCACCCCGCCCCAUUCUCCCUUCUUCCAUCACCCCGCCCCAUUCUCCCGCUUUCCAUCACCCCACCCCAUUCUCCCUCCUUCUAUCACCCCGCCCCUUUCUCCCGCUUUCCAUCACCCCUCCCCAUUCUCCCUCCUUCCAUCACCCCGCCCCAUUCUCCCUCCUUCCAUCACCCCGCCCCAUUCUCCCUCCUUCCAUCACCCCGCCCUAUUCUCCCGCUUUCCAUCACCCCGCCCCAUUCUCCCGUUUUCCAUCACCCCGCCCCAUUCUCCCGCUUUCCAUCACCCCGCCCCAUUCUCCCGCUUUCCAUCACCCCGCCCCAUUCUCCCGCUUUCCAUCACCCCGCCCCAUUCUCCCGCUUUCCAUCACCCCGCCCCAUUCUCCCCCUUUCCAUCACCCCGCCCCAUUCUCCCGCUUUCCAUCACCCCGCCCCAUUCUCCCGCUUUCCAUCACCCCGCCCCAUUCUCCCGCUUUCCAUCACCCCGCCCCAUUCUCCCGCCUUCCAUCACCCCGCCCCAUUCUCCCGCUUUCCAUCACCCCGCCCCAUUCUCCCGCUUUCCAUCACCCCGCCCCAUUCUCCCUCCUUCCAUCACCCCGCCCCAUUCUCCCUCCUUCCAUCACCCCGCCCCAUUCUCCCGCUUUCCAUCACCCCGCCCCAUUCUCCCUCCUUCCAUCACCCCGCCCCAUUCUCCCACUUUCCAUCACCCCGCCCCAUUCUCCCGCUUUCCAUCACCCCGCCCCAUUCUCCCGCUUUCCAUCACCCCGCCCCAUUCUCCCGCUUUCCAUCACCCCGCCCCAUUCUCCCGCUUUCCAUCACCCCGCCCCAUUCUCCCGCUUUCCAUCACCCCGCCCCAUUCUCCCGAUUUUCAUCACCCCGCCCCGUUCUCCCGCUUUCCAUCACCCCGCCCCAUUCUCCCUCCUUCCAUCACCCCGCCCCAUUCUCCCGCUUUCCAUCACCCCGCCCCAUUCUCCCGCUUUCCAUCACCCGCCCCAUUCUCCCGCUUUCCAUCACCCCGCCCCAUUCUCCCUUCUUCCAUCACCCCGCCCCAUUCUCCCGCUGUCCAUCACCCCGCCCCAUUCUCCCUCCUUCCAUCACCCCGACCCAUUGUCCCGCUUUCCAUCACCCCGCCCCAUUCUCCCUCUUUCUAUCACCCCGCCCCAUUCUCCCGCUUUCCAUCACCCCGCCCCAUUCUCCCUCCUUCCAUCACCCGGUCCUAUUCUCCCUCCUUCCAUCACCCCGCCCCGUUCUCCCGCCUUUCAUCACCCCGCCCCAUCCUCCCGCUUUCCAUCACCCCGCUCCAUUCUCCCUCCUUCCAUCACCCCGCCCCAUUCUCCCGCGUUCCACCACCCCGCCCAAUUCUCCCGCUUUCCAUCACCCGGCCCCAUUCUCCCGCUUUCCAUCACCCCGCCCCAUUCUCCCUCUUUCCAUCACCCCGCCCCAUUCUCCCGCUUUCCAUCACCCCGCCCCAUUCUCCCUCCUUCCAUCACCCCGCCCCAUUCUCCCUCCUUCCAUCACCCCGCCCCAUUCUCCCUCCUUCCAUCACCCCGCCCUAUUCUCCCCCUUUCCAUCACCCCGCCCCAUUCUCCCGUUUUCCAUCACCCCGCCCCAUUCUCCCGCUUUCCAUCACCCCGCCCCAUUCUCCCUUCUUCCAUCACCCCGCCCCAUUCUCCCGCUUUCCAUCACCCCACCCCAUUCUCCCUCCUUCUAUCACCCCGCCCCUUUCUCCCGCUUUCCAUCACCCCGCCCCAUUCUCCCGCUUUCUAUCACCCCGCCCCAUUCUCCCGCUUUCCAUCACCCCGCCCCAUUCUCCCUCCUUCCAUCACCCGGUCCCAUUCUCCCUCCUUCCAUCACCCCGCCCCGUUCUCCCGCCUUUCAUCACCCCGCCCCAUUCUCCCGCUUUCCAUCACCCCGCUCCAUUCUCCCUCCUUCCAUCACCCCGCCCCAUUCUCCCGCGUUCCAUCACCCCGCCCAAUUCUCCAGCUUUCCAUCACCCGGCCCCAUUCUCCCGCUUUCCAUCACCCCGCCCCAUUCUCCCUCCUUUCAUCACCCCGCCCCAUUCUCCCUCCUUCCAUCACCCCGCCCCAUUCUCCCUCCUUCCAUCACCCCGCCCCAUUCUCCCGCCUUUCAUCACCCCGCCCCAUCCUCCCGCUUUCCAUCACCCCGCUCCAUUCUCCCUCCUUCCAUCACCCCGCCCCAUUCUCCCGCGUUCCAUCACCCCGCCCAAUUCUCCCGCUUUCCAUCACCCGGCCCCAUUCUCCCGCUUUCCAUCACCCCGCCCCAUUCUCCCUCUUUCCAUCACCCCGCCCCAUUCUCCCGCUUUCCAUCACCCCGCCCCAUUCUCCCUCCUUCCAUCACCCCGCCCCAUUCUCCCUCCUUCCAUCACCCCGCCCCAUUCUCCCUCCUUCCAUCACCCCGCCCCAUUCUCCCGCUUUCCAUCACCCCGCCCCAUUCUCCCGCUUUCCAUCACCCCGCCCCAUUCUCCCGUUUUCCAUCACCCCGCCCC